AUGAUUGCACAUUGUUUGCUGCAGGGCAAAAUAUGGCAGCAGCUAAGGUAUUUAGCGUCCUUCAAGCAAGAAAAGGCACAAACUACUUGUUGCUCUAUCGUACUCAAGGAUGAUCUGCUGAAUCGACAAAUGUAUCAAGAUCUCAAAAACAACGCAAACGGAAUGGCAAAGCUCAACAACACGUUAAUAUACACUUUGGAUGAAAUCGUUUUUCAUAUCUACAUCAACGACGAUCGUCUCAGCCCAUCAAACAGCGACUUUAUAAAGCUGCUAAUGGAGGAUCUCAAUUAUCUCAUGGCAAGUAACUACUUGCAACUAGAAUCUGAUUUCCCUUUGGUGUUUUGCUUUUAUUCCCGUUCUAUAUUACACGAAUCAUAUGAGAUAAUGUCCUCUGUUCAAGAGUCGCUUCAAAGUAAAACACAGGACCAGAUAUCGGGACGACGGGACAUCGUUCUCGGGUUUCUGAAACAGGUUUCCUCAAAAAAUAUGAAAUGGUUCUGGUCGAAGCACAAGUCGCAUAGAAACCCGGACUCGAUCAGAGUGUUCUUGUUGGAGUUCUUCAGCCAUGAAGCCGCUCUGUGA